AUGAUAAAGCAAGCUCAAGACAGAGCAGGACAAUCGGAGGAAAAGUAUGAUCUAUCCGAGGAGGUCACCUCACCCCCGUUUCCCGAGAACUGCGUUGUCCAGCCGACAGAAACAUAUCCCCCACCAUGCCAUUCGCUAUCGUCCCUGUCGUGGCUUGGUCAACAUGCUACAACGGCGGAAUAUUAUAACGAAGCAGAAAAGUACGCAAAUCCAUUGUUCCGCUUCGAUAUUAAGCGUACCUUUGAUUCGCCGUCUCCGUCCAGUUCAUCUUUGCACAAUGAGCGUACAGCUGCCGUCAGUGAUGGAGCAGUUUCUGGAGAGAAGAGCACGGUAACAUGGCUAUCAGGUAGAUCAUACUGCAGUCAAACGGACACAAAUCAAGUUGCGUUCGAAGUGAAGGAAAUAACAGAUGAAUCGCCUGUCUAUUUGUUGGACAAAAGGUACGCAUCCGUGAGCAGUUCAGAGGUGUCGCCGUGUUCCAGUGCUUUACAAUGUUUGCAAACAUGGCUACAACAACAACAACCUCUGCAGAGAUGGGAUGCUUCGUGCAUGAAGUACGUGUCGGCGCAAUGCCCCGUUGCUCAGACUAACAGGUAA